CCGGCACCCGCCCCUCCCCGGCACGGCGGGGAUGCAGCAUCUCCAGCACCGGGACGGAUCCUUGCUGCAAUGAGAUCUGAGCCUUGAUGUAAAGACCUUAGAGAAAGUUCUGCAGAGAGUGGGUGCUUCAGCCCUCAGAAUAGUGGUUACAAGAAAAACUUGACUACAGUUCCAAAUCAAGAGUUAAGAUGGCCAUCAGUUGGAAGAUCUGCUUCUUCACUCUCACAUUUCUUCCCAUGGUUGCAGCAACCCAUUCCAACUGCAUCAUUAAGAAGGAGCAAGAGACUUGUCUGGAGAAGAUACGGAGGGCAACUGCCCUGAACCCUCUCAAUGACUCUUCUCCAGGUUGCCCAGGAAUGUGGGACAACAUUACAUGCUGGAAACCUGCAAGCGUGGGUGAAAUCGUCUUUGUCAAGUGCCCUGCACUCUUUAGAUUUAUCAUCUCUGAAGAUGGUUGGGAAGUAGAUAACUUGGGCCAAACCCAUGCAGGUGAUUAUGACCUGCUGGAGAGCACAGCCCAGACUCCCCUAGGGGACAUCAGCAGAAAUUGCACUGAAGAUGGCUGGUCUGAGCCUUUUCCUCAUUAUUACGAUGCUUGUGGCUUUGAUGAAAAUGCAACAGAGUCUGAUAAUCAGGAUUACUACUACCUAUCUGUGAAGGCUCUGUACACAGUGGGAUACAGCACAUCUCUUGUUUCUCUCACCACUGCCAUGGUUAUCCUGUGUCGUUUCAGGAAGCUCCACUGCACUCGGAAUUUUAUCCACAUGAACCUCUUUGUUUCAUUCAUUCUACGUGCAAUAUCUGUGUUCAUUAAAGAUGGGGUUCUUUAUGCUGAACAGGAUGGCAACCACUGUUUUAUCUCAACAGUGGAAUGCAAAGCAGUGAUGGUGUUUUUUCACUACUGUGUCAUGUCCAACUACUUCUGGCUUUUCAUUGAGGGAUUGUACCUUUUCACUUUAUUGGUAGAAACCUUUUUCCCAGAGAGGAGAUAUUUCUACUGGUACACAAUUAUUGGCUGGGGUACCCCAACAAUUUGUGUCACUGUCUGGGCAGUGCUGAGACUUCACUUUGAUGACACUGGCUGCUGGGACAUGAAUGACAACACAGCCUUGUGGUGGGUGAUCAAGGGUCCUGUGGUUGGAUCAAUCAUGAUAAACUUUGUGCUUUUUAUUGGCAUAAUUGUGAUACUUGUGCAGAAACUCCAGUCACCUGAUAUUGGGGGCAAUGAAUCCAGCAUUUACUUGAGACUGGCUCGCUCCACACUGCUGCUUAUCCCCUUGUUUGGAAUUCACUACACGGUGUUUGCUUUUUCUCCUGAAAAUGUCAGUAAGCGGGAGAGACUAGUGUUUGAAUUGGGACUGGGAUCUUUCCAGGGAUUUGUUGUUGCUGUUCUUUAUUGUUUCUUGAAUGGGGAGGUGCAAUCAGAAAUAAAGAGAAAAUGGAGGAGCUGGAAAGUCAACCGGUAUUUUGCUGUGGAUUUCAAACAUCGUCAUCCUUCUCUAGCGAGCAGCGGAGUGAACGGGGGGACACAACUCUCCAUUCUGAGCAAGAGCAGCUCUCAGAUUCGGAUGUCCAGCAUAAAUGCGGAGAAUUUAGUGACAUGA